AUGACCCAAGCGGCCACUGCCGCAGAGUUCCACGCUCCCUCCAAAGAGGAGCGGGCAGCCGGGCGUGCCUUGUGUGGAGCAUUGCUCUGGCCGCCAAAGGCCCCUGGGCUUCGGGCUCUAUGCCCUGGACUCCCCGAAGCAGUGCCCCCGGCACUGGCGCUAGCCUUGCAGCGUGGUCUCCCGGACGUUUUGUUGUACAGAUGUUUCCUGCUCCUUGUGCGGGCGAAGCAGAUCGAAGAGAAGGAUGAGAAGGAGGCCCAGCGUGCAUAUGCGCCGGUGCUGGUAAAACUCAAGGCCAUGGGCUUCCUGGUUCACGAUUCACUUCUUCUGCCUGCGCAGCUGGCGAAAGCAGCUCGCAGCCUCGAUGGACCAAACCUCUCCGUGUCGCUGCAACCCCACGUCCCGCCUGUCCUCAACAUCAAAGACGAGGCCUCCCGCCAACUCCACGCCGACCACUGGCGGCAAGUCUACCUCGACUGUAUGAAGUUCUUUCCACGGUUCUUCCAGCCUCGCACGCGCGUGCUUGCAGUGCCACCGUCAAGCGAACAGGAGGUAGAGGAUCUUACCUGCCACCUCCUGUUGCACGGCUUCGCGGUGCUUUGCGUGGUCCACCCCACGUCAGAGAAGACACCGAAGGUCGAUGCGUGCAUCGUUGUGCGUGGGAUCGGCAUGUUACCAGUGCCGGAGGAGAGUUCGGUGCAAGGCAGCUCUUGCUACCUGGGGCUGCCGCCGAGCACCAAGUCGUACGGUUCCUUGGCCGCGGCACUCGCCUCAAAAGGCUUGCCAUUGGCGCUGACGGCAGCCGGGGCCUGUCGUGCACUUCUCAUGAAGCCCCUCGAAGAUGAGACCAGGUACUUCCACAACCGAGCGACCGGCGAGUCAACCUGGUCGAACCCCGCGCUCGCCAAAGCUGCAGCGCCAAGAACGAAGGAGCCGGAAGCUGGCCUCAUCCCGGGCACCAAGGAUCCGGUGCAGGAGCCAAAGAUUGCUCCAAAGCCGUGGCCUGCCACAAAAGCUGCUGAGCCGAAAGCUGCUACAUCCGCACCAAAGCAUGUGGAGACGAGCAGCGACCAACCCGAGCUGUCCGCCUUAAUCGUCUUCGAAGACGCUGCUGGCUUGGGCUUUGCAGAUGUCGCACGCGAGCUUCUGUUGAGCAGCGGCUGCGCCAUUCUUCUGGAUCGGCCUUGCCCUCUGGACAUGUUCACCCUGCGACUGCUCCUCGGUUGCUCGGUGCGUGGCCCUGGACAGAGGGACCAGGAGGGCCUCGAGGCUUCCUUGCAGCUGUGGCUGCAUCAUCUGCAGGGCCACCGACACCACCUCUUCGUGGUGCGCCGAUCGGGGGCCGUAGCCCUCCUUCUGCAGUUGUGCUUCGGGCCCUACCUCCGGCGCCAAUUUCGAAAAUCUGCUUCGCACGGUCCUUUGACCGCCACUUGGCCCUUCCUCCACCUGGAGGAGGACCUGAGGCCAUGGCCCCCACCCAUGCUGCCAUGUUUGCAGUCUCUUCUUUCCGGCUCCCCUCCGGCGCACUUGAGCGGGAAGGGUCCGGAACCGGAGCAGGCGGGCAAGCCAAUCUCAGCUCCCGUCGUUGCGACCGCAUGCCAUUCCCGUGCCCACGCUUCUGCCGUGGUCGGUCGCCUUGCCGGUGAGCUGCUCCAGAGCCAGGAGGUCGUCCUGGUGAUGCGCGGGUCUGCGGACGAGACUGACUUCCAGUCGGCGCGAGAGAGACUGUCUGUGCCUCCUCUCG